UUUCUAUCAUUAUUCUCUAUGAGCAGACGGCAUCAUUAGCAAUGACUGCGUGUGGUUUAACAUGUUUGUGCAUGGUGUCACCGACACCUCUGGAUAACUGUCAAGUGUUCAUUAGCUGUAAUUAGGAAAACUGACAGAAAUAAACAUUUAAUAUAUGGAACUCUGUGUGUGUGCAAUUAAUGUAUAUUAUAUAUUGAUUCUUUUUUAUUUUAACGGAACACAUUUUCCAUUCCAUUGGGAUGCUUUUGUGUUUUGUACGAUCAGAUUAAAAAAAAUCCUGCUAAAUCGGAGGCUUAUGUGCAUUGUUGUCGUCCAACUUUUAAGAUGAACUGAUCCUGGAUCAGUUCAAGCAACGCUUACAGCUUUUGUUCAACACAACAAACAAACUGAUCCUGGAUCAGUUCAUCUUCCAGGAAAUCUUCCUAAACCAUGGGUUUGUUAGCGCUGUCUCAUUCGUCCCGCUGCUCUCCAUCCCGGCGCUCCGACUUCUCCGCCUCUUCAGUUUCUCCCCACACAGCAGGUCACCUCAGAGAGACCAGCUUCUCUCACCAGGCAUUCAGACAUAUCUUUCGGCUUCCUGAACCUCUCUUUGGAGUUGUUUUUUUUGUUGUUGUUGUUGUUGAUUUUGUUUCUCAGAUGCAGUUUCUGGUCAUCACUCUGAUGUGUCUGACUCCUGCGCGCUCCACCCCGCCUGCCGGAGCGGAGGAGCGCUGGACCGGAGGGGCGCACCAGGAGGAGAGCUGAUGUGGCGCGGCAACAUAGAAACAGCUAAGAGUAACUCAAUUACAGCAGACUUUAUUCACGGAAAUGACCGUAGACGACGUGGAGCAAGUGCACCGCUGUCACUCUCGCUUGUUGUGUUGAACAAAAGCUGUAAAGCGUUGCUUGACUCGACUGUUUGCGCGCUGCUUUCAAAGUGAUGCCAGGUCGUUUUGCAGCGUUACUGGAGUUAAUGCAUGUGUGAUUACCUCUCCGCACCCCGCUGAUCAACCUCUUACACCUGACUCUUGAGCAAUGGUCACUGAGGGUCACGUUUCAGCGCGACGCACUUAUCAAACUAUUGCGCUUUCUGGCUUUUACGACCGUGUCUUGAUUUACAGAUAACUUUUGAAGCUUGGCCAAGCUACCGAGACCGUAAAAAACGAACCCGAAGGCAUGGUUUCAUCCUGCACGGCGAGGCUUGCGGGACUUUACAAGUUGUAGUCCACUUUGAGGCAGAGAUCCAGAGCAUGAUCCAGUGAGAGGUGGCAGGAGAAACAGUCGUGACAGGGGGGGGAAAAAAAUGCUCGGAAGUCCAUCCAACAACGGCGGCCUCAGAAUGCUCGCUCCCCCGGCCCCGAACGACGACAGGCGGGUAGACUUCGUGGCGCUCACCGCCGUCCAGACCGAGCGGAGCGAGCCGUCCACCCCGGAGCGCGGACACCCGUCUCACCGCACGGGGCUCCUGGGCACCCCGCUGCCCGGACCGCCCGGACCCCGAGCCAACGCAUCCGCUUCAAGUAAGCGCUUCAGAAAGUUGCAAAACUGCCUUUACAACGUUCUGGAGAGACCGAGAGGUUGGGCGUUCAUCUAUCAUGCAUUCAUUUUCCUGCUGGUGUUCAGCUGCUUGGUGUUGUCUGUGUUUUCGACCAUUCCUGAGUACCAAAAGAUGGCCAAUCAAGGCCUCUUCAUCCUGGAGUUUGUAAUGAUCGUGGUGUUCGGCUUGGAGUACUUCAUCAGGAUCUGGGCAGCUGGAUGUUGUUGCAGAUACCGGGGAUGGCAGGGACGCCUGAGGUUUGCCAGGAAGCCCUUCUGUGUCAUAGAUUUCAUCGUGUUUAUCGCAUCGCUAGCGGUGAUCGCCGCAGGGACGCAGGGCAACAUCUUCGCCACGUCAGCCCUGCGCAGCAUGCGUUUCCUGCAGAUCCUGCGCAUGGUUCGCAUGGACCGACGCGGAGGCACCUGGAAACUACUUGGCUCCGUGGUUUAUGCUCACAGCAAGGAGCUGAUUACAGCCUGGUACAUCGGUUUCCUGGUGCUCAUCUUUGCCUCCUUCCUGGUCUACCUGGCUGAGAAAGACAUCAACUCAGAUUUUGGCACCUAUGCAGACUCCCUCUGGUGGGGGACUAUAACUUUGACCACCAUUGGCUAUGGGGACAAGACGCCUCGUACGUGGCAGGGACGACUUCUGGCGGCUGGCUUUGCCCUCCUGGGUGUCUCUUUUUUCGCCCUGCCUGCUGGAAUCUUGGGUUCAGGCUUUGCCUUGAAGGUUCAGGAGCAGCACCGGCAGAAGCACUUUGAGAAGAGGAGGAUGCCUGCUGCAAAUCUCAUACAGGCUGCAUGGCGUCUCUAUUCUACAGAUGCCAAACACUCGUAUCUAACAGCAACAUGGUAUUUCUACGACAGCAUGUUGCCUUCGUUCAGAGAACUGACGCUACUGUUCAGUCACCUCCAGCGACAACGUAACACCAAGAAGGUUCUGCAGAACUCCUACAACACGCUGCUGUCUGGGCUCCGGCCCUACAGCUCCCCCUAUCUGUCGAGGGACAGCAGUAAAAUGGGCUUCCGGGAUCGGAUCCGGAUGAACAACUCCCGUUCAUCCCAAACCAUCCGGAACAAGGCUUCACCGCUGCCGCCCGGCUCCGGCGUCCGGCGCUCCCCGAGCCAGGAGAACGUCCCUGAAGCCACCAGCCCUGGAAAGGUCCAAAAGAGCUGGAGCUUUAACGACCGCACGCGCUUCCGCACCUCCCUUCGCCUCAAGCCACGCCCACCUGUUGAUGUGGAGGGGGUUGGAGAGGAAAGCGUGGAAGACAAGUCAUAUUGCGAUGUGGCCAUGGAGGAGGUGAUUCCAGCUGUGAAGACGCUUAUACGAGCUGUAAGGAUUCUGAAGUUUCUAGUGGCGAAGAGGAAGUUUAAGGAGAUGCUGCGUCCAUAUGACGUGAAAGACGUCAUAGAGCAGUACUCUGCAGGACACCUGGACAUGCUGGGCCGCAUCAAGAGCUUGCAGAUGAGGGUGGAUCAGAUAAUUGGGCGAGGAGGUGUUCAGCCUGAUAAAAAACUGCGACCCGAAAAAGGAGAGAAGACGCCUCCAGAACUGGACUCCCUGGACGAGCUCAGCAUGAUGGGCCGUGUGGUCAAAGUGGAGAAACAGGUACAGUCUAUAGAAAACAAGUUGGACCUCAUGCUCAACUUCUACUCGCAGUGCUUGAAGAAAGGCUCCUCCCACGUCACGCUGUCCUCCCUCCUAGACCCCGACUUGACGUCUGACUACCACAGCCCCACGGACCAAAGAGACCUCUUCCCGUCCGCUAACACACUGAACAUCUCCCAGUCUGACAGCGGGAACUUGGAAUGACAAUGGGACAUAGACACUAACCCUUUACAAUAUGUCCUCCUUACACUGAGUCCUCUCUCUGAGCAGCCCAGCGUACCAAACUUCCCCUUUAAUUCAGAUCUGGUAUGAUUGCCCCUCCCAUCUCAAGUCUCCAUCCUCAGCCCUUUAUCCUGGAGUGAAUGUUUCUGGAGCUGGUCAGACAUUGGCCAGUAGGUGGCUCCAGCUGACGAGGAGCCUCAGCCAAAGCUGCUUACCGCACACGCCUGUCAACUCACUGGAUGAGGAAAGUACUUGACUACUGAAGCAAUCUCACCCACUCACAUCGUGCUGUAUAUCUAAACCUAUUUUAAAACUUUAAUUGUAGACAGACUGUGGAAGGACGUUUUGCAGAUAUCCGGAGGAAUCGUCUCUUUCCUCUUUAUUGUCUGGUUUUAUUUUCCCUUGGGCACUUCAAUCGACUGAAAGUCGUUUAGGAGCGUUCCCAUUCCGACAUUAGGGUGACAACACAGUUUUUCAUGCUGUGAUGAAUGUAGCUGUUCCUUUGUUCAAGAGAAACUGCAAUCCAAGAACAAGAGCGAUUGACACCUGAAGGAAAAACACAGUUGGACCUGGAUCAGCUGCACCGGCACAAGGUCCCACCCAGCAAGGGAAAUUCUGUUUUCCAGAUCAGACGUUAAUCACCCAAACGUUUCGCAUGAGAACAGAGUGGAAAUAAUGUGCUUGAUUGACUGUGGAUUUGGACUGUACCUUAGUGUAAAUUGUUGUUUGUUUUCACUUGUAUAUCCUCUUUAGGAAGUCUGGUCUCUGACAAGCCCAACAGCAAAAAAAA